AUGAGAGCCCUCUUUCUCCUCCCUCUCCUCCUCGUCCUCAUUUUGUACUCGGGGGCGGCCCCUCACGACGCCAAGCUCGGCCCCGAUGAUGGCCACUUCCUCCCCAGGCCUCUCAUAAUUGAGUAUCCCUCGUCUCACUCGGCUAGUUCUUCGGAUCAUGGGGAAGGGGCGGCGUUCCGGUCCUCCUCCUGGCAGGAUCAGGAUGAGAGUCGACUCCGAUGUGACAGCUGGCGGGUGGCGGGGGAGGCCAACAACCUGGCGCCGUGGAAGACGGUGCCGCAGGAGUGCGCAGGGUACGUCAAGGCCUACAUGACUGGGAAGGCGUAUGAGUUCGACCUGGAGAUGGUCGCCCAGGAGGCCGGCGCCUAUGCCAAAGGCAUCUUACUCGCCGGCGACGGCAGGGACGCCUGGGUAUUCGACGUCGACGAGACCUUGCUCUCUAACCUCCCUUACUAUGCCGAUCAUCAGUACGGGUGAGGUCUUCAAUUCGCAUUCCCUUGCCCAAUAGGAGUAACCGGACCUCCGUACGAAAUGGCUUGUGCUUAUCUGCUUCAUCUGAAAUUUUCUGAUCUCCGGACUUGGGAUUGCCCAUGGCCGUGUUUUGCGAUGGAAUCAAUUUUUUCCCAGAUUUCUAAGCCAUCGCAUACUCGAUCAACGGCAUCAUUAUUCCAUACCAGUGUGCUUGGUAACUUCAUUGAGGAAAGUUGUGCUUGUGAUGGUUACCUUUCAUAUUUUCUUCAUAAAUCCUGAGCCCACUAAUUAGAAAAUUCCAGGUCAAGCUGCGUGGAUUUUUUCUCUGGAUGUUCUUCUACCAGGAAUUUAAUCGGUGAAUCUGCCCUGGUGAAUUUGGCCCAAGUGAUCCGCAUGGUUCCAUUUGAGUCAGUCCCAGAUGGGGCGGCGGAUGCUUGAUGCUCGACUUUUGUUGCCUUCGUAGUUGCAACUGCCGCCUUCUUUUCGAUUUCCUCACAUAUUUGGGCAGCAUUCUUGACCGUUGUGGGUAUUCUAUAGGCUUCUUAAUUGUCGUAUAUACGGUCACAUGGGCGACAUUUCCUUCAAGCGUUUCCAUCACCUUCAGAGACUUGCUCUCCUUCACCCGUUAGUCAUGCAUAUCUUUCCACUCGUCGGCGUUUUUGGGUGAGAUUACAUGCAGGUCUCUGCUCAGUGCUUUUGAUACACCUUCUUUUGGCUUCUACACUGUGAUGCUCUCUCUCGACAGCUACCAGUAGAUCCAUGGGAUAGCCAGCACUGGAGCAUCCCAAACUUCUGGCAGUUUCCAGAUCUUGGGCAUCUGGUUGUGUAUCUUUCUAUGGAGCAAUGGCACUAGCAUUGCGCGGCGCAUCGAGUGAAAUGAUGUAGAAAGGAGCUGAAAAUGAAAGAGAUAUCCGGAGAGUGAGAUAAGGAUAUUGCCUCGCUGUGUCGUUUUCCUUUUUUGGAGGAGUUUUCAUUUGAGAAUACUUUGGUUUGAUCCUACUCACCCUGAAAAGGGUGGGAAGUCGCAGAGAAGUGAAGGUGGCUUAUUGACCCUGUCCCUCUGCCCUGUCCACUGCCUAAACCUAGCCGGUGCUCCCUAAUUUACUUUGCUUCUUUCUAGUGUACUUAAAACAGUAGUAAUGGUUCCGUGAAACUGGAAUGGAACAGAUUCUGUGAUCUUCUCGGCAAGCUGUGUUUCAGUGCAACAAGUUAUCAUCCUGCCAUUUUAAAACUGUAUGAUGAUCUGGCGCCCGAAGAAGUUCUGAGAAUCUGGACUUCGCUUCUGUGAUCUUUUUGGUAACAUACCGCGUCUGUCGCUAAAAUUGCUUCCAUAAUGAAUUGAGUUUCGCCAAGUUUUGGUGCAGCGAGCGUUUUAAUGGCCACGCUAUGUUUGCAGAUCGUGAUCCAUCUUUUUGGCGUUCGAGGCAUUGUUUUGUUCUGACUUUGUGGGUGCGCAAGUUCCAAGAACCAAAUCUUUCCAAACUAUCUUGAGAACCCUAAAGCAGGCUCAGACUUGCCGCCUUGGAGACGAUAUAGGAUGAAGAGUUUGCUGCAGAAGUCUUACUUAAAUAAGAGCAAUGUCACUAUUAUCAUCUUUAAAUUCCCUCUCCGUCGGAGAACAUCUCAUCUAUAAAUUCUUAUGUUUCUCUGGUGGGGAGCUUCCAGAUCUUGACAUAUUUUAGGCAAAGAAGUCAGAGACGAACUUCUUGCAGAAUCAUUUAUGGACGUCAUGUUUUCGGCUGUUUUAGCGAUCGAAUGCUGCUCUCUUUAUCUGAUAUUGCCUGGUUCUCUUCGAGUAGGAAAAGAUUUUUGAGAUGCCCGUGAUGAUCAUCUGCAAUGAACCACUUUCUUUCUCGCCACACUUGUUCUCUUUCUCGAUGGGUAUUCCCACGGUAUGAAUUUUUUACACUCGUUGGUGCGGUUGCUUACCAAUUUAUUCCACCAUGAAGCUCGGAGGUUUUCGACGGCCAUCAGUUCGACAGAUGGGUGGAGAAGGCUCGUGCUCCGGCAAUAGAGCCCAGCUUAAAGCUCUACAAUGCCCUUCUGGAGUUGGGCUUGAAGAUAAUCCUGCUGACGGGACGGAGCGAGGCCCACAGGAGCGUCACUGUCGACAACCUGGAGAGGGCUGGGUUUCAGAGCUGGGAUAAACUUCUUCUGAGGUUCACAUCCUGUAUCUUUUCAUCUGGCAACCAUCAAAUACCCCAAUUCUUAUUAUCCACAACCCCUCAGCAUCUUUCUCAAUCCCUUUCAAAAUUCCUUUCUCCUCAGCGGUUCCCUGAUCAUUCUUCUUCUUCUUCUCCUCAUCAUCAUCAUCAUCAUCAUCAGGGACGUGAGCGACAGAGGGAAGACUGCGGUGGGCUACAAGUCCCAGAAGAGGGGUGAGAUCGUCGGCGAAGGAUACCGGAUUCUCGGCAACUCCGGGGACCAGUGGAGCGACCUCGUAGGCCUCUCGACCGGCGAGCGAUCGUUCAAGCUCCCGAAUGCCAUGUACUACAUUCCCUGA